ACCCACAAACUAUGAGAUCAUGACAUGAGCUGAAAUUACCUGACUUAACUGACUGAGCCACCCAGGCGCCCCGUCCUGUUAAUUUUGAAUAUAACCUAAGUAUAUUCUUCAAGCUUUCAAAAGAUUUCCUUAUAAGCCCCUUAUCAGUUACCUAUGACCGUACAAUAAACCAUUCUAAAACAACAGCCAUUUUAUAUGCUCAUGAAUCCGUAUUCUGGGCUGGGUUCAUUUGGGCUGUUCUUCAGCUGUGACUGCCAUUGUCAUCUGGUGACCCACGUGGUCUGGCUUCCCUCACGUGGCUGUUGCCUCAUCUGAGAUGGCCAGACAGGGGCUGGCUGCUUCCCCCUCCCUGCUGCUAUCCGAUGGUUCAGACUCUCCUAUGUGGCAGCUUUAUGGGGCAGCUUCUAGAAGGCAAAGGCAGAGCUGCCGGGCCCGUUAGGGCCUCAGCCUGGAAGUGGUACAGUGUCACUUCUGCCACACUGUACUAGUCAAAGCCAAUGACAAGCCCAGCCCAGAUGAAUGGGGGAGGAAACAGACUCCAGCUCUUGCCGGGGAGAGUGGCUCACGCGCACAGGGACGGGACGGAUUUUCAGUGGCCAUCAUCGCCCCCAGUCCACCACAGCUCCCUGCGUUUCAUUUUUGCUGUCUGCAUACACAGAUUUUACCUCAUCUGUGAUCCAUCCAUGUUACCUCAUUUAACCUUUCCGGCAUAUCUUUAAAAGGAACACCGCCUCCAUUUUAUGAUGAGAAAACUGAGGCUCAGAGAUGGCAAACACUCGGCUGCUGUCACAGCAGAGCUGGGAGGCGGACGAGACUGGUGCGAAAGCCGGAGAGCCUUGCCUUAGGCUCUGCCUCCCCCAGAGAUGAGGAAAGGUGCUCUUCCCCAAGGACGCCCACCCCAGAGGCCAGGAACUCCCAAACCACUCCCAAACAAACUCCCACGAGGCCCCGGGAGUACGUUAUGUGCAUUAAAGCCAACUGGGCAACUCUGUAGAUCAUUAUUUUAAUAAUCUAAGGAUCUCUGUAACAGGCUUCAUAAACUCAUAAGAGGCAUUCAUUUAAGGACGCAGCACUUUUUACUUGGAUUUUGCCCAGCCAAAGAUCAAGUCAUUGAUGCUCUUUCUCCAAGUGUAAUUUGAUAAUCAUUCACUUUCUGUCUUUUCACUUUUCACUUUUCAAUUUUGCUGUGGAUGAGAUAGAAGGGUGCUGCUUCUGCAGGGAGAACAAACACUUUCUCCUGGAGAAAGCUGUUUGAGAAAAUCCACCUCCCCCGUUUUAUUGGACGAUUAAAGAAAAAUAAUCCAAGGUCAACUUUGCAUUUGUCACCGAGCGGGUAAAAGUGUCACAGGCUGACAGCAGAGGGAUUUGUGUCUGUGGAAAUUCAGUGAUUCUGUGGUGCUGUUGGACACCUCCGUUCCGAGCAGGCAGCUGCUGGGGGAUAAUUGGGGAUCUGACUGCCUUUGAGGACUGCUUCUAGUGAACGUUUGAGACUCAACUGCCUUUUCACCGCCUCUUCAGUAGCCACUCACCUCAGUCUCCAAAACAGAAGUUCUGACAUAGUAUUUUAAUGUGGGCAUUUGAUUCAGUGCAGGAGAUAAAUAUAACCCUGUGUAGUACGGAGAAGGUUUAAUGGGAAAUGGUUGGCAUUCUUUCUUGGUAAAGGCAUGGGGAAAGGAGAGGGAGACAGGAGAGAGAGGGAGAGGGGGAGGGGGAGGGGGGAGAGAGAGGCGCAAACAGCAGUGAGGAAGACAAAGGCAGAGAUAAGCAGGGCUUCCCGAGCAGCCUUGCCUAGAGAACUUGACACUUGCCAGACCCCAGCCAGCAUGGUUGUCCUGAAUCCAGUGACUUUGGGAAUCUAUCUGCAGCUUUUCUUCCGCUUUAUCGUGUCUCAGCCUACUUUCAUCAACAGCGUCCUCCCAAUUUCAGCAGCUCUUCCCGGCCUGGAUCAGAAGAAGCGUGGCAGCCACAGAGCAUGCUGCCUCCUGACGCCCCCUCCACCCCCGCUGUUCCCACCACCAUUCUUCAGAGGAGGCCGAAGCCUGCUUCUCUCCCCAGACAUGAAGAAUUUCAUCCUGGAACUGGAGACCACACAGUCCUCAUGUGUGCAAGGAUCACUCGGCUCCCCUGGGCCCCCUGGCCCCCAGGGUCCACCGGGACUUCCUGGCAAGAUAGGACCAAAGGGAGAAAAGGGGGAGCUUGGCCUACCAGGAAGAAAGGGUAGACCUGGCCCCCCGGGUGUUCCUGGCAUGCCUGGGCCAGUCGGCCCUGAAGGACCCAGGGGUGAAAAAGGUGACCUGGGUGUGAUGGGCUUGCCAGGGUCAAGAGGACCAAUGGGCUUCAAGGGCUACCCUGGAUCCAGAGGGGAAAAGGGAUCCAGAGGUGAAAGGGGUGACUUGGGUCCCAAAGGAGAAAAGGGUUUCCCGGGAUUUCCUGGAAUGUUGGGGCAGAAAGGUGAAAUGGGUCCAAAGGGGGAGCCUGGGAUAGCAGGACACAGGGGACCCAGAGGAAGACCAGGAAAACGAGGCAAGCAGGGGCAGAAGGGAGAUAGUGGAGUAAUGGGCCCACCAGGCAAGCCUGGGCCUUCUGGUCAACCUGGCCGUCCAGGUCCCCCAGGCCCCCGGCCCUCUGGACAACUUGUGAUGGGACCCAAAGGGGACAGAGGAUUUCCCGGGCCUCCAGGAAGUUGUCUUUGUGGAACCCCUACGAAUGUGAAUAACCCCUCCUACAGGGAAUCCAUGUAUGGGUCCAGCUCCCCUCAUGUUCCUGUGAUUUUUGUGGUCAACAACCAGGAGGAGCUCGAGAGGCUGAACACCCAAAACGCCAUUGCCUUCCGCAAAGAUCAGAGAUCUCUGUACUUCAAGGACAGCCUUGGCUGGCUCCCCAUCCAGGUGACCCCUUUCCACCCUGUGGACUAUACUGUGGACCACCGUGGCUCCUGCGGGGAUGGAGUCCUGCAGCCCGGGGAGGAGUGUGAUGAUGGAAAUGAUGACGUGGGUGACAGCUGCAUCAGCUGUCACCGGGCCUACUGUGGAGAUGGUCACCAGCACAAGGGAGUGGAGGACUGCGACGGCUCUGACUUUGGCCACCUGACCUGCGAGACCUAUCUCCCUGGGUCGUAUGGGGACCUGCAGUGCACCCCCUACUGCUACAUCGACUCCACGUCCUGCCGCUACUUCACGUGAAGGGCCUUUGCGGAGAAGGCAGGCUGCAUCCCACAGGAUCGGCAGCAGCUUUUCCACCCUCAUCAAAUUGACUUCACACCCCCCGGUCCGGUUUCCGUCACCUUCGUGUGACAAAAAUAAGGACGAGCUCUUGCUGCUAAGACAUGCUUUUAAUUCGGUCCAACCGGAAGAACUUAGGACCACUGCACCCUGUCUUAAUCUGAGGUACCGGAGAACCUUCCACAUGCCCCCGCUGGGAACCGUUUUCCCAUUGCUACCAUCCAGCCAAAUCGCCGACCUACAGUGCCCUUUUUCUUCGGAAUGUUACCAACCCAGACCGUGGACUUGGCUCACAACUGUUACCUACGCCUAGACCUGCAGGGCUUUUUGAAUUUGUCGUCAUCCCAUCUGGGUCAUGUGGUGGACAGGCCUCCCCACUCCUCUGACCUCCAGAAACGUGGGCAUUCUCACCCGGGGCAGCCGGCCGUCAGGUCUCUCCAGGCCUGUGAACCACAAAGCAGGGAAAUGAACCCGCCUUCUUGGAGUGGCUCCCAGCUCUGCACCCGCUGAGGAACCCCUCAACUGGCCACAGCCCAGCACAGCCUCAUGUGGAUGCAGCUCCCCCAAGAAGGGACCCAACUGUGAAAAAGCCCUGAGAAAGCCACCAAACCGGUGCUCUGCCCCUGGGAAAGGGCGGAGGCCCAGCUGGGUGCUCAGCUUGUGAACAGAACAGUGGCCUUCCUGCUUCUCAGUGUUUCCCAAGAGGGUAGCUUCUAUAGUUUCACCAUCCCCAGCACCACCUUGACCUCGUGGCUCUCAGUACUUGGACCUCUGUGUUGUGAAUGCCCCUUAUGUCCAUCUCUUGUUCAGGAGAUUCACCACCGGAGGGUGUGACUUCCUGAGCCUACACUUGGGCGGGCUUUUGGUGUUUCCGGUCCUUCGGAGAAUGCCACCCCGGGUCUCCCCAUAUGAGGCCCUACGACUGAAUACCUGUUCUAGGCAGAGACCAUUUCUGUCCUGAGCUCCAGCUCCUGGCUGCCUGCUGACUCCUGUGCACACCCUGUGACCUUCCCAUUGUGUCUCUGGAGUGCAGAGCCUUGCCCUCGUGUGCCUGAGCCCCUCGUGUUUCUGCAGGGUCGUUAGUCUGGCAUGACUGUGAGCUGCCUUGUACCACCAUCUUUCCUGAGUGGGGCUGAGCUUUGUUUUGGAAAGAUGUCUCCCCAGUGGCAGACCUCAAAUGGGAUUUCCUUGUUUGUUACCAGAUGGAGGGACGCUGUUGAGCUUUUGUACAGAGUACUUUAACAUGCCUGAGUCUUGGGGACUCAGCAGACAAGAGCUUCUGGCCCAGUGGGCCAUCACUAGUGGUCUGUAGCAGAUGGGAUCAACCUGAAGGUGAGGUCUUUAGGGAUGGGCUUCAGACAAGUGCUUCCGGCUCAGCGGGCCGUCACUAGUGGGUCUGUAGCAGAUGGGAUCAGCCCAAGGGUGAGGUGACAGCCCACCAGAGAUGGGCACACUGGCCAGCUGGGUUCCCCCAGGCUCUACUGCACACCUUGGGGGUGAUGUUGCUCCCAUGAAAGCUGCACCCUCAUGCUGGGAUCUCCGGAUAUCAAGAAAUAUAAGCGGUUUGUUUCCCCACUGUGGCUUUUUCUUCCCUGGGGGUUUUGGACCAGAGUCCCAGCAUUACUGGUUGGAAUGAGGGGUCUGAAUUCACUGUUUCUGAGGCUCUGCAGAGGGUUCUAGAAUGUGGAGCAGUCCCACUCAGAGACAAGGGAGGAAACGGAGGUUGAGAGAUAGGGAGGGACUUAGCCAAAGUCACAGAGCCUGGUCUGGCUAACCUAGCCUCACCCCAGCCUUAUUUUAGGACCCUGUUUAGAACGAGAUGGUGUUCCGGCACUGCCCUUGGAUCUGGCACGAGGGGUCCUGUCCUGGGUCUCUUGCCUUAGAGGGUACCAAUCUGGCCCUCCUCUGGCCAUGACCCUCCCCACGGGGCAGGGAGUCUGUGAGGCCAAGGCGACAUGCCUACUGGACACCCCUCUCCCAGACCGUGUUCCAGGUACCCAGGAGACCACAGCUCUCACCCAAGCGGUCCUGAGCCUGAGGCCUCUUCCCCAAGUCUGCCUGCCUGAGUGUGACCUGCAUACGCCUGUAAGCACGAGGGGUGACCAGGGACAAGCUGUGUUUGGAGGUUGCAGAUGGGGCUCGGAUAGGCGGGCUGGAGUUGCCAGAGAUACACACGAGGCCCCUCUCAGUGCGGGCUGGGCCUUGCUCUCCUCGUGCUGCCACAGAACUUUGAGGAAUCUAAAUAGUCCAUAUUCAAACCCCAGCCUUCUAGGUCUUUAUGAAGGUGUGACUGACAGGUAAGCAGAGAGAACAUAUUUAAGAAUACUCAGUUUGAUUAUAAUGUAAAUACAUAGACAUUUGGUGUGUGAGCCUCCACCUAUGCUCUUGUAACCAGAUCCCACAAUAUUAGAGGGGUCUGUCUCUAAGUAUUGCAAGGGGGGUUCUGAAAGGCCCUGAAAAUAAAAGGGUUCAGAGCCA